AUUAUAAAUAGUUGUCAUGAGCUCCCUAAGUUUGCGAGUCUGUUAACAUCAGAUUUAGAUCUUUUCAUCAAAAUUAUCAGAGACGACUUAGGCAUGAAUCGCUUCAGAAGAAUCUUCGGGAUAUCAGAUGAUGUCAAUACAAUUUUUUUCUACCCAAUCAUGAUGGAGUUCACUGAGAUUAUGACUCACGAAAGCGGCUAUGAUUUUGCGUCACACGUUCUAAGUGUUUGCAACAUACAUCACAAGAAACUAUUUUGUUCUAUCACAUUCCGUCAUGCGUUGGUCUUAGCGCGUGAUGACAAGGGUUGCAUCAUACUUAAGAAAGUCAUAACAAUAGCCGAUGAUUUCUACAAAGAUGAAUUUCUUGACCUAAUUACAGAUAAAGUUUACAAGCUGAGCAUGGACGAUUUAGGAAUCUCCCUUAUCGAACAUGUGCUUAAACUCGAUUUUACACGCAAAACCACAGAAAACGACAUGCGGUUGCACGUGUUAAUGGCUGAGUUUGAUGAGAAUCUCUCAACAUCAUCUUAUGAUCACCUCCACAAGCUUGUCGAGAAGCUAACGUCAGACCCUGAUCUAUUUGUCAAGUUCGUCAAGACAAGACGAGGCACGCUCAUGUUUCACAUAAUCCUAGGAAAAUCUGAAGAAACCGACACAGUUGUUUGGGCAGCAAUCAAGCAAAGGUUCACCGAUAUUACAACCGAUUUUCAAGGUGGUUUCAUCCUAUUACGAACCAUGUACGUUUUCAAGAAAAGAGGAAAUUUGAAAGUGUAUGAUAAAAUCCUACGCCAAAUAGGACUCCACGCUCUCUACCUAACCAAAGAUAUUGAUAUGGGAAACACCGUGAUACAACACGUGCUUAAUCUCUUCAACUACGAGUGUACGACAUUGAUCGCGAUUGGGCUUCAUUACCACUACAUUGAGCUUUCGUUUCUGAAACAUGGAAGCCAAGUUGUGGAGAAGCUUCUCGGUGGCGACAACAAGACGGUGUUGUUUUCUCUGCUUUUUAUCGUCAUAGAGAUUCUUAAGUGUGACAAAGAUACGUUGGUGAGAUUGGCGAAGGACGAAUACGGGAAUGGAGUCUUGAGGAAGACUUUGGAAAUUGCAAAACUUCAUAGGAAUGAUUUGUUUGGCGAUCUUGUUGAGAAGUUGAAGCCGUUUCUUGAUAGGUUGCGUGGGUCGUCUCUCGGAAAUAACAUUGCAGCUAUCAUCGACCCAGCGAUAGAAACAGUUAAGGAUCAAAUUGUUUCAGAGGGAAAUGCUUAAUUGGUGUUUUGUCAUGCAUAGCUUUUAGAUGUGAUUUUAUCUUAGAUUUUGUGCU